AUGAUGGAAGAGAAAGGCACUCUUGUUCCCUUCUGUGCCUCGGUCGAUGCCUACGUUAAAAAAGGGGCGGGCAUCGAUUUGGUGUUGAAGUCCUUGGCGGGCCUCUCUCGCCUGGUCUCCCUCUACAGCAAGGACGAGGAGACGCGUCAGAGUUAUGCCAACUUUGGCUCUGCCAUCAUUAACUGUCGUAUGUUGGCCAACCACUUCAGGCACGUCGCCUCUUUAAACUCCGCGAUAGUCACAUUAAAGCAGAGAAAUGGCCGCCCGCUCCUCUCUUGGCUGUGCCUCUUUGGCUCCUUCUUCUUUCGCUCGCUGGAGCAGGUCUUUGGGGACUUGAACUACUACCAGUCGGUGGUGAUGCGGCACUGGGACCGCAACAAGUUAAGUCGCGGCUAUUGGUUUUUUAAGUCGCUUUCAUUGACCUGCGGUUUUUUCUACGAGCUGCUCGGUCUGCAAGCCAACCUAGCGUCCCCGGAGUGGCCGAAGAAAAGCGCGGCGGGGCGCAAACAGGUUCUCUGGGAUACGCUCAUUUCGUUACUGCGGUAUACCUUCGACAUGGUGGUCUACUACCAGUGGGUGUCGUGGUACAAUCCUUACAAGACUGUGCAGUACGCGUCCGCCGCCGCCGCCGGUCUCCUCGGCGUCUACGUGGUUUGGAACGACACGCAGGCCGCACGUCUCGCCGAGGCAAAGAGGGCGUCCUCCGUGAACGGUCCGAUGAAUGGGAAGAAGGAGAAGGAAAUCGCAAAGCCAAACAAGGCGGCCACUGCAGCUUGA